GUCCUGAAUACAGCUUCAGUGACGUCAACAAAGAGCGACAGUCCUCGGUUUGUGUAUCGGUUGGUGGGCUAACAGCUGCACCGCUUGUGUUUUGGUUUUGUCUUGCCUCCCAUGUGCCGUUAUCAUGAGCUCUGGAGGCGAUUCUGUGCCUGGGUGAUGCACCUCAAUGCAAAACAGCUGGUUGCCUAAAUGCAGCCCUUGGUCUGCUCCAGGUGUUUUACACACUAUAUAUACAUUUGCACUAACAUAGUGGUGUUAAUGAGUAUGUGAGGGAGUGAUUAAUUUGGUGCAGCGACUUGUGAAAGUGACUGUAGGCUCCAGUUAGACAGCAUGAUUGUAUCUCUCACUAAGCUGCAGCAAGGAGUUAAAUGGCCAGUGUUAAAAACAGUACUUAGUAAUACUUUGUAAAAGAAAUUGGCUCACAGUGUGUGCAUGGCAGCUGUACCUAAAGCAGGUGUGUACUUUUCAAAUGCAGUAUUUUAGGGAUUUGCAAUGUCUUUAGCAGUAAGUUCAGAACUUUGAACUUUUAUUAAUGGAGCAGCAGUUGUUAGAUUCAGAAUUGGCCCGCCAGUCAGUUCUGCUGUAAAUCAGGUCUGCCCAUGACUGAGUACUACGAGGAGGGGGGGCUGCUAUAUGAGCAAUCACCUCCCAUGCACAUCAAAGUGGAGUCUCCGGAGGGACCCUUUGGAGGGGGAGCCUCAGAAAACGGCUUCCCCAGGGAGGAUGAGGACUCCGAUGGCAGCUGUGACCAGAACAGUGGAUUACCAGGAGGCCUUCCCUUCAAUGUGGUAGUGGUGCAUCCGAACAUCAUGGCGCCUGGCAUGUCCUCAGAUGACCUCUUGUCCAUUGAACAAAACCGGGCUAUGUCGGCUGCAUUGGCUGCUGGUGGUGCAGGAAAAAGAAAGAGUCGUUUCAGUGGAGCAGAGUUAGAGGUGUUGGUGUCAGAAGUCACUCGCUGUGAAGGAGAGCUCUUUGGUCCUGCAGGGAGGCUCAGGCGGCGGGAAAGAGAGCGCAUUUGGGCUGGAAUCCUAGAGAGAGUCAAUGCUGUGUCCAGAGUACCACGUACACUUCGAGAGGUGAAGAAGCGCUGGGAUGAUUUAAAGAGGCGCAAUGGAGGCAGACUGGCGGAUGCCCGCCACCGCACCUGUUACUUGCCAUCUAGCAGAGGGGCUUCAAUGCUGGGGCGUCCUUCUCAGCCAAGCCCAAGACUUCAGCAAGCCAGGCAAAAGCAAAGCACCAGACCAAAACCCAGUUUCCCAUGUUUCCCUGACUCUGAUACAGGUGUAGGAGUGGAAGGACCGGACAGAGAAUGUUUAGAGAAGGAUGAGGACAAUCCUGAGCGUGAGCGAGAAAUAGGUGAACCAGAAUGUGAACCGGUCGACAACAGCAUGGAGGACAAAUUGGGAUUAGGACUUGGUUUGGGCAUAGGACCACCUCCUCCUUCAGAACGAUGGCUGCCUCCUUCUCCCCUCUAUAGUGCUCCUUUCCUUAAUGGCAGCCCUCAGCCCAGCAGUCCUCAACCAUCUCUUGGUGCUCAUCAGGGUCCUCUUGAAGCCCCUCCACGUAGCUCCUGGCUUGAAGAUGAACUGCGAGGAUUAGGGGAAGCUGCAAUUCAACUUGGAAAUCGGGUGGAAAAGAGUUUGCAGGAGUUUGGGGAAGGUUUCAGACAGGACAUGAGAACACUUGUUGCUUCGCAAGAGGCAUUAGCAAUCAGUUUACAGCAAAACAAUGUCUUAUUGCAAAGGUUGCUGGGAGUGCUUGAGGCCCAGCAACAGCCGCAGCCACAGCAACAUCGUGUACAACAAGCACAUCAACAAUCAUCUCAACAACACUCGCACCUACAGUCAUCUCAACAGCAGCUACAAAGUACAGAACCACAACAACAGCACAUUGAAACACCACAGCAAACGCAACAGCAUCAGCAACAGUUACAGCAGCACCAAACGCACACACAGCAGCAGCAGACUCAAGUCACCCAGCAUUCAAAUAAUCCGACGGGUGUAAUGGUGGUACCUGCCCCAUCAUCCCCUGAUGUACAUGGCACUUUUCCCUCUAACCAACUCACAGACACAAAUGGAAGUAUUCAGAGGCCACGGCGAGGAAGAGCUGUUGAUCACAGACGCAGAAGACGACGUUGAGGAGAAAAAUAUCAGAAGUGCACAAGAUGCAUAUUUGAAGUUUCAAAAUGUGACAAAGAUUUAUGCUCUUUUUUUAUUCACUGUACUUCUGUAAAAAUACUGUGUAAUUGGAGUUUUACUCACUCCAAAUAUGAAGACAUCAAGCACUUAAAUUUGUCUUAGGAGAGAACUAAAGUCCAUAGAAGUAUUCAUAAAAACACGUGAGAUUAUAGGGUGGCCUUAACAUGUUAAGUUCCUCAGAUAUACCUACAUAUUCUUGUGCUAUAAAUAACUUCCCAAGAAACAGUUGCUCUGUAGAGUGACUUCUAAUGAGACUUUCAUACCCAGCUCACAACAUCUGUAGGUGCUGAUGUUCAUAUGCAUGUCAUUGUACAUGCUUUGCAGAAAAUCUGUUCAGGAUGCUCUUACUAGUCCAGUACUGUCUCACUUCUCCUGAUACAAUAACUACAUUGUACUUGUAUUCUGCAGUUGUUAGCAUAUAUUGUAGUCCUAUAGCUAUUGUAAUUACCUUAUAAUAUAUGCUUGUGCUUUUUUUAACACACAUACUUCAACAGUUCUUGGACAAUGAAGUUACUGUGUUCUGUUCAGUAAAACAUUGUAAACACUUUUCACUUUUUUUGCUGGAAAAACAAGGCUUAAAUCUCACAGUUGGCUUCAGACUUUAAUGAAUAUGUUUCUGAUGGACUACAAAGCAUACAUACGUAUGUAGGGGCUAUUUAUUAUAUGCUUGCAUGCAGUAUGCUGGAUGUGUUUGUAGAUAGUUGCAAAGAAACAGCAUAUGGCCAUCAUUUAUGUAGUUUUGCACAAGCUAUAUUUUGUAGGUAUAUGUUCUGUUGAAAUGUAACUAACCUUUAAUAAAAUCAAACAUGGAGUGCUAA